AUGGUCGGGUUUGGCGGUUUCGGUUUCGCUAAAUGCCCGGAUUUGCCACACGGUACACUGCUUGGUGACCAUGCAAAAGGGGAAGACCUACUAUUGCUCAAAGAUGAAGCAGAAGCUCUUGCCGAUACCAUUGCAUAUAAAGAUCUGGAAGCCCCUUUCGUCGUUGGACUGCUAGGACGAUGGGGUUCUGGAAAAUCACAUUUGUUUUCCUUGAUGAAGGACCGUCUUGCAGCAAUUCAAGAACAGCCAGUCACAGAAAGCAACGACUUUUCAUUUGCUGGUCACAUCUACCUGAUUAAGUUUGAUGCGUGGACAUACGCCAAAGGGAAUAUGUGGUCAAGUUUCAUGUACACAAUUUUGAAAGAGCUCAACAAGCAGCUGCAUCUUGAAGCUGAGCUUUCCAAAUCAGAAAAAUAUAUGGCUGGAAGCGCCAAGCAAUGGACACCAAGCAAUGAAAACAAAGAAUCGCUAGUCGAAAAAUUGUGUCUUGGUUGGAAUGACCUCCACUCUUAUCUAUUUCCUCCGGAGGAUGUAAACCACAAUAGGACGUCAACAUUCUCAAAGUUAUACCGCCUCUUUCGAAUACUUUUGGGAUGCUUGGUCUUUCUUCUCGCAUCUUUCUUUCUUGCGAUCUCUUGGGCAGUUCUAAUAUCCCUUUCAAAACUGCGUGAUUAUGUCGGCAACACCAUUGACACCACCAUUGACGGUUGGUUAGCAUGGUCAGCUAAAAUUAUCGGCAAGAUGAAGCCCGGAAACCAUGUUGGGCACAAUCGUGAUGAAGUGGAAGCAAAUCGAAAAGAGUUCGACAGGCAGGGCAGGAGAGAUAAUAUUACUGAUGAAGAGGCAAAGGGCAAAAAAGACCCUAGCGAUAAGUCUGCCGAAAAUACAAAAGUAAACGAUCGGGUGAAACCUGUCCACGAGUCUGACAAGCAGAAUGAUACAGAUAACAGAGCCAACGGAUCCUUAAGUCCAGAACGAGACUAUCAACGUCUUAAGAAUGGCAUAUCUUUAAUCAAAAUCCAGGAUAGCGACAAAGCAACUCGUGAAGAGUAUUUGCAGUCUAGGAAGGAGAAAUUCAAGGAGACUUUCAGGUACAACGUGGAUAAAUGCAGUGCAAUUAUUGAUAUGGACAUCCCAAAUGUCACAGAUGAACUUGCAAGAGCAGGAAACGCGAACUACAGCAAGGAUAUUCGAGACUUUCAAGGUUUGUCAAACAUCAAGCGGUGGCAAGAUGAAAAGCCUGGGGAGUUUCGUUUUGAUGAUGCUUUGAAGGCAAUCAAAGAAGCACAUAAAAGCACUGAUGACAAACCGGAUCCAGCCGGUAUCGAAGCAUUUGGCAAGUUGACAUUUAUCAACAAGUUGAAACUGGUUUUCUCUCCACAAUUUCUUUUGAAAACCAAGGGAAUAAUUAUACCUCUUCUAGUCGCAGCUGCGAUGGCUGUACUUUGGAUCUUAGUGGAAGACUGGAGCACGAAAAUUGGAGCUCUGUUGGCGUCUGUGGCAGCGCCAUUCGCGAUUCUGGUUCCGGUCGUAAAGGGGAAGCUGGAAGAAAUAUCUGGGACACUGAAAGACAAGAAUGACAAGUUUCAGAAAAACUUCGCAGAAUCAAGGAUAUAUGCCCAGAAUGUUUUCAGCAAUGAUGAUCAGGAAAACGACCAAGAGAAUCCAACGCCUGCACUAGAAGAAGAAAUUAAGGAACUGAAGGAAAAGGUUUGGUUGAGAAAAGGGAAAGGCUUGAGAGAAAUAGGCAAGGAUAGAGUGGGUGCGAGCAGCUACGAAACUGACCUUGGUAUUGUCCAUCAAGCCCAGCAGGACUUGAUGAGACUCUCGAAUUCGAUGCGGUCUGAAGAAAGACAGUCUGAGGAAAAAGGCAGCAAAGAAAAUAUGUUUCCAAGAGGGGACCCGAGAAUCGUCCUGAUCAUUGACGAUAUCGAUAGGUGUCCUCCAGACCAAGUGGUAGAUGUUCUUGAGGCCUUGCAGCUAUUGGUGAAGACAAAACUAUUUGUCGUGCUAAUAGCGCUCAACACUCAAUAUGUUACUUUGGCGCUAGAAGAAAAAUACCAAAUUUUGAAUGCAACAAAUGGCUGGCAUCCUUCUGGGACGGACUAUAUUGAGAAAAUCUUGCAGAUUUCCUACCGACUAGCUCCCAUUGAAAGACCAGAAGCAGUACAAGGAUACGUCAAAUCCCAAUUGGAGGUGAGCGAAGACAAGGCAACAAGCUCGAAGCCAACAAAACAUGAAUUGAGCAUAACACAACCCGCAGCCAAUCCAGAAUCCCAGCAGUCGCCAGGCGAGAAUGCUUCUGCCAUCACCCCAGUGAACAAUUCAAACGAAAGUGACCUCAACGGCAAUGGCGACACUCAAGGUGGAGACAAUCCAGAAUUCUACAAGUCGCCAAGCGCGCAAUAUUUUGCCCCAACUCCUGUGAACAAUCCAAACGAAACAGACCUGAACGGUGAUGUCGACUCCCAAAAAUACGACAAACAACUUAACAACCGCCUGUCCCAUGGAGAUAAUCCGCACUUUAAGAUAAUGAUAAAUGAUGAAGAUGAGCCAUUGGUGCCGGGGGUGCUAAAGGCUCUUCAUUUCGAGGAGUACGAGAAAAGUAUCGUAAUGAAAGCUGCGGAAUGUACAGCUCUAUUCCCUAGAUCUUUGAAGCGAGUCAUGAACAUUGUCAAGAUAACAAAAUUCCUUUGGCAUCGGCAAAGUCGAAAGCGUUACGAGACUGCUGCGCAAAAACGCAAAGAAAAGGGCAAAAAAAAGCGUUCCGAUCAUACCGACGACUGGAUUGAAGACAAAGAAUUCUCUGAUCGAGAACGACGCAUUUUGAGGGAGUCAAGCAUUUGUCUCUUGGUCGUUUGCGCUGCCAGCAAUUUGCCCAUCCGAAGACGGAUAGCAAACUUCUACUCAAGAUAUGAAUUGAUGGUUGUUGGGAAGGACAAGCUUGGGAAUGCACAUAAUUUGAAAGAGCUCAUCAUUCAAAAUGGGUUCGGCGAAUUGAAUUGUGAAUACACACGCCCUAUGGAGGAGAUUUUCCUCAAAUUUUCCCAAGUAUGGUGGUACGAUCAAGGAAAAGGGAAAGACAGCACACUGAAGUUCAAUGGGAAUAAGUGGAAAGAAGUAAAGGAUGUCCUUCGUCUAGUUCGUGCCUUCUCGAUAAUACCAGAAAGGAACAUUGACGAUUAUGAGUUGAGUAAUGGACGAUUUAAGGCAAACCUGAGAGAAGAACGAGAAUCUUUGAUUGUGGAUACUAACAGCCUUCGGGAGCUUUUGAGUACAAAAUCAGGUGGACCAGAGAUGGAUCAAGAACUGCGAAACACUGACCUGGAAGGUUCCUGGUGUUCCGGUGACUUUUAUGGCGGUCAUGGACGGGAGUGGGUUCAAGUCUCGGCUCUCGUAGGUGGAACCGCAAAUGCUUAUUUUAUCGAAGCCGUGAAGGUGACUGGAGACGCUAACAUUCCAGCGGGAUACGUUACCUGGAAAACCUUGUCUUGGCCAAAAGAAGGCCAGGAGGCUGGAACUCCUGCUCAACUUCAGGUCCGUGAUGGUCCUUCAGACCCCGACGGAUUCAUGUGGGAAUCAGGGACGUUGAUUUUAGUCAGUAAGACGGAAAUCCGAUUUGAGUGGGGUGGACAUACUGGAACAUUUGUUAAAAAGGAACUUGAUUGA